AACAAAUCGCUUCAACUUCGUUUUGCUAUCAAUAAUCGUAGCAGUUGAAAAAACAAAAUACUAUUCUUUAGAAAAUGUUUUAGAAAAAAAUAUUCGAAUGGAACAGGAAAGGAUCUCGAUGCCUUUCCUAAGUGCUGCAUGAAUCGAAACAGGAAGUGAUAUUCGGGUCCUUGAUAUGUUACGUGUACUUGUUUUGUUUGAGCGAUUAUAGUGAGAAAAAAAAAAUCAUUAAUGAUUGUGCAUUUAUUGAGAGCGGAAAUAAUGUUGCAUUUGCCAGUGUUUUUCUUCCAAUGUAGUUCAUAACCACUUUAUUCUUGAAUAUCGACUGUCCAUCGGAAAAGUUAUAACUCGAAUGAGAUGAAAGUGUCAUAGUCUCUGUUGGAACUAAGUUGGUGAAAGUUUUACUAAUGUUGUGCUGCUUAAUUCAAUGUUGGUGACUAAUCUACACCUUAGGUUUGACCACCUUUCUACAGGUUUUACGUGAAUAGUAUAUACAAGAAAGUGUUUGUUUAUAGUUGAUUCGCGCUAAAUGUGUUCAGACUUCGUGUGUUAGCAUAAUUUGGCCUCUUUGUUAUUCAGAUUACCACUGGUGUAAAGAUCGCUGAAUCGACAAACAUCAUCAUCAUCAUCAUCAUUAUAAUUAUCAUUAUCGGUUUAUUGCAUCGAACUGAUUCUGAUAGCACACGAAGGAAAACAAAACUGAAAAUUGCAGGAAAAAAAAUAACAGUUGAUUAUUUUUUAUCCUACACUGGUAGUUUUGUCUUGAGAAAUACUGAAGGUGUUCGGAGUUGUAGAUAUCAUUUUGCCAGAUUUCUCAAAGGCUCAUCGAACUAAGAACUAUCCAACCGCACACGCCCUCACUUGCCGAAGCGCCGCUGCGUGUCCUCAGGUUUUGUUUCUUGAAAUUGAUGGAUUGGAACGAGUAGUAAGGGAAAAAAGAAGAAAAAUAUCCACGCCACGCCGUAUAAACAUGAUAUCAUCGCGUUCGCUGCUAAACACGGUCACCGGCAAUAGUGGUGGUCGCUCCGGGCUGUCAGAGAACUUGGUAAUUGUCUCCAAUCAAGCUUUCCUAGGCUGCAGCAGUAGCAGCUGAUCCGUGGUCUAAUGAGGGACACAAUUCCAUCUAUUCCCGGAGGUCAACGAAGCGGUUCAAGUGGACGGGCCCUGUAAAAAAGUGCAUUUCAAUUGAAGAGCAACCAAGUGCGUUAGAUAUAUAUUACUGGGGACUGCAAAACCGACGUCAGCCGACCAGCAUGGGAAAACUCAACACCAUUUAUGGCCAGCUCUGUUACGAUAGUGGCACUGUAAUAAAUCGAGAUGUGACUAAAUAUUUAAGGAAUUGUGUUGCUCAAAAUGGUUCCCCUUGUGCUUGUGGCAGCACCGAUGCUGGCGGAGCUGCCCUUGAGCUUGGAAGAAUAAUCUGUCGUCGGAGCGGUUGUAGGAUGAUUGAACGAAGGUCAAACAGUAAAACGAUAUCCCGGCGGAGCGAACAGGAACGGGGUAAAGUUACUGCUUAUGACAGUGCGGAUGAAGAUGAGUUCGAGGAACAUGUCGAGCUAGUUGACGAAAGCCGACUGGCCUACCGUGCAGAGGGCAAUGCCAAUAUCGUGCUCUCGCUGGUGGACAGUUACCGAGUGCUGCGGCUGAGGAAAUCGACCGUCGCCUGUCGGGAUGGCAAAGAUUCGAACAUCGAUCUCCAACGAUUCAUCAAAUAUUCACGGGUGGUAGCCAGUCUGUUUUCGUGCCAAUACGUUCCGAAGCCGAAGUUGGGCCGCCUUGACACGUACGACCUGGAAGCGUUUAACCAAACGUUAAUCAAAUUUCGACCCGUAACUCGAUUGGACAAGGAUAUUCGUGAACGUGAUGGUAUCCUGUAUCCCGAUGUGGCGUUUUUACCGUCGAAACUCGACUCGGCGCUGUUUCUGCAACAGGAUUUCCGACCGGAUACCAGAGUACUAUCCUACAAUACGUAUUGCGUGGAAAUUAAACCAAAACAGGGAUGGUCGUUUCAUGACGAACACUUUGAGGAUGGAUUCGUGCGGCAGAAACUUUUUUCGAACUGUGAUAAUACGAUAGCGGAAUUGACCGGUUCCAGCCUAGGCAAAUGUCGCUACUGUUUGCAUCAAUAUUUGAAGUUACAGAAAAAAUCUAUUGCGAAGGUCAGCAAAUACUGCCCGUUGGAUUUGUUCUCUGGUAAAUCUAUCCGCAUGCUACACGCCAUCAAGGGACUCAUCGGAGCACCGCAGAACAACUUGAGGGUGUUGAAGAAUGGUCGCAUCGUUUACGACGAGAAGCAGGAGAAGUUUGUCUUCAAUCGAAUCCUGAAGGAGAUCUUCCAACGGGACGGACGCACCAAAGAAGAAAGAAAAACCAUUUUUAUGAACUUGAUAAAGGAAAUCCUACUGAAGGAUUUCUCCUGCUACGAAGAGCAUUGUGAUCGAAAGCUGCUAACAAUUCGGAAAGAUAGAAAAAAGAAGGAUAAAAAUCUCCUUCAUCAGCGUACCUGCAAUCCAAUCAACUAUCAGUUUCUACCGGCAAACUGUGCGCUUAAGCAAAUCCUGAACGUACAACUUCUGGUCAAGUCGAGUCUAGCCAACAUUGGCCGACAUAAGCUUCGACAGGGCUCGGGUGAUUCAUUCGAAUAUGUGGACGAGUUAUAUGAAAAAUAUUUGGAUUGUCUUGAGCAUUGCUCUAGCAGAGAAGAUGUCGGAAAAUGCGAAAGCAAACAAACGAUUCUUACCGAGAAACUGAAGAAUGUUUACCUGAAUGAAGAGGAGAAGUAUCAGCUGGGUGCCACUGCAUUGGAUUGUUCCAUUAUGUUAACCUUCCGACGAUUGACCGACCAGGAAGAGGACAGAUUACCACCGCACGCUCGAACACACAUCAUUAGUAUUGAAAACAUGAAGUUUCUCACUAAAAUAACCAUUACCGAUCUGGACCCGAAAUCGCUCAAACAUCACAAAAAAUAUUUUGAGCUACUACGAGAUUCCAUUGGAGCAUACCGAGAGUUUAUGUCUAAAAUCAGGCACUAAAGCAUAGUCGUAAUAUCAAGCAAUAUUGGCUGUUAGUUGACUAGGAACUGAGAUUGCAUUGUGUUAGCGAACAGAAAAAUAAUCACAAUUGCUAUUUAUUAUACCACCUACUAAUAGAAAGAUUUUAUACAAGGUUUUAAAUAGGGUUUAUUUACGUCCUAUUAUACUAAUCUGUAACAAGUGCACACUUCAUCUUAAAGUAUAUAUUUAAAUUUAGCUAUUGUGUGACUGGAACGUAUUUAUUGACUACAACAAUACACUUAAUAGAUUCAGGCUUAAAUGUGAAGGCACAAAUUUGUACAUGAAUAACACACUAGUUUUUUCUCACAACUCAACAGUUGAUACUGAUCAUAUUUGUUUUAAUUUUAAUACUGAGCUACCAUAGCUGCCAUGACCACGUCUGCACCGACUACUGGUUGUUAAAUGUAUUAGAAAACUAUAAAUAUACUUGGAUAAAGCAUAA